AUGCGUCCAUUCUCCUCGUCCCCCAAAGCCCCCGCAAACCCCAAGGACCAGGCCGAACAAAUUGAGAACCAGAUUCUGGACCGGAAACCUGCGAGCUCAGAAGACUCAUCACCACUGUCUGCCAUUACCAAGAUGAUGCAGGGAGACCAGCCCUCCUCUUCCUCGUCGCGCGUUCGAUCCGACUACGCCAGAUUGGCCGAGAGCUUGGAAGCCGACAUGAUGCGAAACCCUUACGCCGACCGCGCUCCUCCUCACCACCUCCACGUCUACUGCCACAAGCAUAACACGAUCCUCACCUUGACACGGCCGAACGGAAACCCGCUCAUGUCCCUGGGCACGGGUCAGAUCGGCUUCCGCAAAGGUGGUCGGGCUGGCUUUGACCCUGCCUACCAAUUGUCUUCCCACGUCAUGUCGCAGAUCCAAGAAAGGGGAUAUUUGAUGGAGAUCAAGCGGUUGGAAGUUAUCUUCCGUGGAUUUGGAAAGGGCCGAGAGGCAUUCACCAAGGUCCUUCUCGGUAACGAGGGACGUAACAUUCGGGGGCUUGUCAGCCGAGUGACCGACUCGACUCGCGUCAAGUUCGGUGGUACUCGUAGCCGGAAGGUGCGCAGACUGGGUUGA